UGCAAGGCGGUCUCAGAAGUGGGACCGUUCCUCUCCAUCUUCGCUGAAUCUUUCAGGUCCACGGACUGAGGAAACGUCUCCACCAUCAUGGGAGGCGGAGACCUGAACCUGAAGAAGAGCUGGCACCCACAGACCCUUCGAAAUGUGGAGAAAGCGUGGAAGACAGAGCAGAAACAUGAGGCCGAACGGAAGAAGAUUGAGGAGCCGCAGCGGGAGCUCAGGGAAGAGAGAGCUCAGGAAGAGAUGCAGCUCUACGCUGAGGAUGUUGGGGCUGUCAAGAAGAAAGAAGAAAAGUUGGAUUGGAUGUACCAGGGACCUGGUGGGAUGGUGAACCGUGAUGAGUACCUGCUGGGUCGCCCCAUUGACAAGUAUGUUUUUGAGAAGAUGGAGGAGAAGGAAGCAGGCUGUUCUUCUGAGACAGGACUCCUCCCAGGCUCUAUCUUUGCCCCUUCGGGUGCCAAUUCCCUUCUUGACAUGGCCAGCAAAAUCUGGGAAGAUCCUCUCUUCAUCAUCAGGAAGAAAGAGGAGGAGAAAAAAAGAGAGGUACUGAACAAUCCUGUGAAAAUGAAGAAAAUCAAAGAGUUGUUGCAAAUGAGUCUGGAAAAAAAGGAGAAGAAGAAAAAGAAGGAGAAGAAAAAGAAGCACAAGAAACACAAACAUAGAAGCUCCAGUAGUGAUCGCUCCAGCAGCGAGGAUGAGCACAGUCAGGGCAGAUCGCAAAAGAAGAUGGCAAAUUCCUUUCCUGUUUUGUCCAAAGUCCCCGGAUAUGGCUUACAGGUGAGGGACUCUGACCGUGACCAGGGGCUGCAGGGCUCUGUGAUGGCUGAGCAGAGGGGGAUGAAGAACCAUUUCCCCCCCCCCCCCCCGCUCAAGAAGCUCCUCCCACUCCUCCCCAGACAUGUCAGCAGGAAGAGCUCCAAGGAAGAGAGGUCCCGGGACAGGAGGUCUCGAUCCCCAAGGCCCAGCAUACCGCAUGCCUCUAAGGUAAACAGGAAAGAGAGAGAUAGCCCAUCACCUAAAAAGGAGGUCUACCAGAGGUGGCAUGCUUCCGGAUACACCAGAAAACUCUCAGCAGAGGAACUAGAGCGGAAAUGGCAGGAGAUGAUGGAAAAUGCUAAGUAGAGGGAGGAGGAGAGGCUCAACACUCUCAAGAAACACUCCAAGGAAGACGAACAGGAGCGCAGACUGGAGAAGCUAGACUCUCACUCUGGCAAGUUCAUCCAGCGCAUGAAGCUGGAAAGUGCAUCUACUUCCUCCCUGGAGGACCGGGUGAAGCGCAACAUCCAUUCUCUGCAGCGAACGUCAGUAGCUCUGGAGAAGAACUUCAUGAGAAGAUGAAAACCAGGUUCUCUUACUGGUUUUCCUGAAUUCUCCAGGGAGGCUGCUGAUUCCUAAAAUUCUCUUUAUAAGAGUUCAAAUAGCUUCUUCUACAGAUGAAAACCACCACUGUUCAAAGUGUCCCUUGCCCAUUGUCUCCUGAAACAUGGUACAUUUUUUAAAAACCAAUGUGACUUGAUUUGGGGACCCUCGGGGACAUUGGCUGGAUGCACUGUGGGCUUUGACUGUGUUUUAAUGGAUGGGCUCUGGGCUGUCCUGGAAAGCUUGGCUGUUUGUCACACCUCUUCCCUCCCACCUGAACCAAUGGAUCAGACCGUCCAGAGACCUCUCUCCACGGCCACCCAGAUAGAUAGACUCUGCGUAUUGGGAUGAAUGAGCAUUGACCUUAGUUAGAUUUUAUGACAGAAUAGCUAAGUGUCAGGAAGAGCUUGGAAGAUAA